GCUAUCUCCCGUUACAGCUUGAGGACUCCAGCUAUUUACAGGGCGACCCACCCUCGCUCUCACCGAGCAGACAGAACAGGGCAUGUAAACAUCCAUUCCAUCCAUGUCCAGGGAUCGAUCGCAUUGCAUCGUCUUUUCUUGUUAAUUUUAACGGCUACAAAAACAAGAACAAGGACAUCUUACUCCUCCUCUAUAUCCUAAAUCCAACAACGACUCUCUAUAUACUCGACUGCCCUUCCUACAAACCUACCGCGAUAACCCAACCGAGAGCCAAGACAUGCGAUAUCGUCCGACCGCCUAAAACACAUCUGCCAUUAUUUUCCGCCAUCUCGUCAUUUGCCCGCAAUGACCAGGCCUCGCCGGCACUCCGGCGCGAGCGAGGAGAGCUCGGGUACGGCUCGGGAGCAGGAGCUAGGGAGCAUGUAUGAUUACCUGGCCAAGAUUAUAUUGCUUGGGCCCAGCGGAACUGGAAAGUCAUGCCUACUACAUCGUUUUGUCAAGAAUGAAUGGAGAGUCUUGUCGUCGCAAACCAUCGGCGUAGAAUUUGCUACAAAAAUCAUCAAAGUCGGUACCGGAUCAAGGCGGAAACGGAUAAAGCUUCAGCUCUGGGAUACGGCGGGAACUGAACGUUUUCGAUCAGUCUCUCGCUCCUAUUAUCGAGGCGCUGCCGGCGCUAUCCUCGUCUACGACCUCACCUCUCACGCAUCCUUCCGAAACCUACAACCUUUCCUAAAUGAUGCCCGAGCGCUUGCAUCACCGAACCUGAGCCUUAUGCUCGUUGGCAACAAACUCGAUCUUACCGAUACACUCGUCGACACAAGUCUUCCGCCCCCGACACCAACGAGCGUCACAUCCAACUCAACACUGACAUCUGGUAUGCUCGGCGCUGGAGGCAGCUCUUAUACAAGUACAGCCACGACCAGAGAUCGCGGGGCAUCCAUAAGCGCAGGAAGUCAACAAAGAGCCACAGUCGCACCAGAAGGCAGAGAAGUUACGCGAGCGGAAUCCAGUCGAUGGGCUAGCACGGCAGGAAUAUCGGUGGUGACAGAAGCGAGCGCAUUCAACGGCGAGGGCGUUGACGAGAUUUUCGAAAGACUAGCAAGAAUAAUUCUCACAAAGAUUGAAUUGGGAGAGAUUGAUCCUGACGAUCCAGCGAGUGGUAUCCAGUAUGGCGACAGCGGUGGGUGGAACACAGCCAGUGACGGAGGCAGCAUCAAGAGUUCUAUGACGGGCGCCACUGUGGACGAUGGUCAUAGCGGACUGAGAAGGAGGAGGAAAAAGAACAGGACGCAGAACUGGGGACUACGGGAGUGGGAAGAGGUUUUUACGCUGAGCAAUCGGCGGAGAGGUGGUGGUUGUUGUUGAUUGUUCAAGCUAUGUUUUACCUCUUUUCCGCUUGGAGCUCCCGGUAAUGGAUAGGCAGUGUUUGAAGAUAUCCGGUUGCAUGGUUAGACCGGUAGUGUUUAGGAAAACAUUCGUUCAUCAGCGUGUUUGGCGUUUGGAUAGACGAGAUGAAGCUGCGAACUGCACACGACUAAGCGAGUUCGCGAGCUGUACUUGAGUCCGAAUAAUGUACAUAGUAAUGUCAACUCUUUCUUAGAGACUUCGAGAAGAUACCACCCAUCGACAUAGCUGUUCGAUUUGAGCAAUAAUUACUCUAUUCUUCAGAAGCAAACAGUGAAGGUCAACACCAUCUAUACCAAAGACUGGGGUGUAAGUGGUGGGCUAAUAUUGAUCUUGAACAAAGGGCUGACGUCAAAUUCACAAGUAAAGCAGCGUGAG